GCAUGCGCCUGGGGCGAGGACGUGGGAGGAGGGGGAGAUUCGUGGGAGGACCGAGCCCGGGGAUGGGACUGGAGGAGUUUCCGUGACCUUGCGGGCUGUAUGUGCUGAGGGACAGCUUUCUUUAAAUAAUAAUAUGCGUGCAGGCGCCCUGCAUGAUUCCUGGCCGCGUGCUUUCUAGUAAGUGCGCAGAGACUUUUCGCAAGAAUUGAUUCACUCUUUUUUCCUUCCCUCCCGAUUUUUGAUUGGAAACCCAGACUUCCUUUCACGCCUGUCGCCAGGUUAACUAGGUCACUGUUUGCUCUCAGGAGCAACCCUGUCUCCCGCAGUUCGCUUGGUCCUUGAUUACAGGGGAGGUUCCCUGCUCAAGCUCUCUUCUCUUGUCUGCUGCCAUGUGAGACGUGCCUUUGACCUUCUGCCAUGAUUGUGAGGCCUCCCCAGCCACGUGAAACUACUUCUGAAUGAACAGUGAAUCUAUUACUGAGGAAAACAAGAGGAAGCCUGUGUAGAUAGGUAUCAAUUAGAUACCAGCUACUGGAAGAGCUUUCUCAGAGACUGAUUAAAAAAUUCUCCACUAGAUAUGGCUGCAAAUUGCACAUCCUCGUGGCGUCUAGGAGAAUCCUGCAACAGACCUGGGUUGGAGCUGCCACGGUCUAUGGCAUCCUCAGAAACUCAACUUGGAAAUCACGACGUGGACCCUGAGAUUUCUCACGUGAACUUCAGGAUGUUCAGCUGCCCAAAGGAGUCGGACCCCGUCCAGGCUCUGAGGAAACUCACUGAGCUGUGCCAUCUGUGGCUGAGGCCCGACCUCCACACCAAAGAGCAGAUCCUGGACAUGCUGGUGAUGGAGCAGUUCAUGAUCUCCAUGCCCCAGGAGCUCCAGGUCUUAGUCAUGAUGAAUGGUGUGCAGAGCUGCAAAGACCUGGAGGACCUGCUACGAAAUAACAGAAGACCCAAGAAAUGGUCUGUGGUCACCUUCCACGGAAAGGAAUACAUUGUGCAGGACUCAGAUGUCGAGAUGGCUGAAGUCCCUGCCAGUGUCGGAGAUGAUCAGAGAGACGUGUCCAGCCAGCGGGCCUCCUCUGUGAAUCACAUGCGUCCAGGCAAAGGCCAGGCCCGCCGAGAGCUGCAGACCCUGCCCAGGGUCCCUGCACUGUCCAGGAGGCAGGGAGAGGACUUUCUGCUACACAAGAGUAUUGACACAAAAGGUGACCCAAAGUCUCCGAGACCCAAGCAGACCUUGGAGAAGGAUCUGAAGGAAAACAGCGAAGAGAACCCAGGACUGACAUCCCCAGAGCCUCAGCUUCCAAACAGUCCCAGUGUGGUGGGAGCUAAGGAGGGGAAGGAACCCCCAGAAACAGCCUCUGUGGAAAAUGUGGAUGCUGACACACCUUCUGCCUGCGUUGUGGAGAGAGAAGCUUUGACUCACAGCGGGAGCAGAGGAGACGCUCUGAAUCUGAGAGGUCCCAAAAGAAGCAAACCAGACGCCACCUCCAUUUCCCAAGAAGAGCCUCAAGGAGAAGCCACACCUGUGAGCAACAGAGAAUCCCCGGGACAAGCUGGGAUGAAUUCAAUUCAUUCCCCAGGCCCUACGAGCCCAGUCAGUCACCCGGAUGGCCAAGAAGCCAAGGCACCGCCGCCCUUUGCAUGUGACGUGUGUGAGAAGAGGUUCACGUGUAAUUCCAAGCUAGUAAUCCACAAGAGAUCACACACAGGAGAGAGACUCUUUCAAUGUAAUCUCUGCGGGAAGCGCUUCAUGCAGCUUAUUAGCCUCCAGUUUCACCAGCGAACCCACACUGGCGAGAGGCCCUACACGUGUGAUGUCUGCCAGAAGCAGUUCACCCAGAAGUCCUACUUGAAGUGUCACAAGAGAAGCCACACAGGGGAGAAGCCCUUCGAAUGUAAAGACUGCAAGAAAGUUUUCACCUACAGGGGGAGCCUGAAGGAGCACCAGCGCAUCCACUCCGGAGAGAAACCCUACAAAUGUUCCAAGUGUCCGAGAGCCUUCAGUCGGCUGAAAUUGUUAAGACGCCACCAGAAAACUCAUCCAGAAGCUACUUCUCAGUGAUUGCAUAAUCCGGUGUAUGCCUUCUGCACCAAGAAGUGAAUGAUAUUUUUUAUCAGUGUUAUCAGAUGACAUUUGACACGUGCAAGGGUGCCUGGCACACAGAGGGAGUUCCCUAGAUAGGAAUUGCCAGGAUGUUUGAGUAAAUAUGUAUCCUCCCCACUGAGCUUUGUUUUCUGUUUCAUUACGUCCAUUGUUGUCUUAUAGGUUUAUUUUGGUUUGUGUCGCUAUUCUUUCAAUAAACGAUCAUCUUAUUAGUUUUCAAUAUUGCAUAAUGAAAAA